AUGAGAGGAAUUCACUGGCAUUUCAUUGCCCCGUACGCCCAUGAGCAAAAUGGCAAGGUUGAGCGUCUCAUGCGUACUGUUGGUGAGAGAAUGCGAUGCAUUCUAGCCGAUAGCAAGCUUCCUACCUUCCUAUGGGCUGAAGUCAUGAAAACUGUCAUUAUCGUGAGAAACAUGACGGUUUACAAUGGCCGUAAGAUGCAUGGAAGACCUCCCAUUACACCCUUCGAGCUUCGCUAC